UUAAAGGCUUGUGUUGCACAUUUUUUCCUUUGGAUCACCUAGCAGGUAGUCAGGUUUCAUAUGGACAAAAAGGAUGAACUCAAUGGAUGCGUGUCUUUUUUCAACCCAAACUAUAAUGCUACUAACUUGUAAUUUCUUUGAAAAACUGGGAAAUACUGGGACUCGGGAGGGUGAUUUCUGAGGCUGAACUGGGCUUAGCAUUUGUCAUGGUCCUGGUGUACAAAGUACAGGGAUAUCCUAAGUAAUAGUACAUUUGUAAAAACACCACCUAUAAUGCCCCCGUGGAGCACUUAUUCAGUUUCAUAUUUACAUCCUAUCAGGAACGGCUAAGCAGGAGUGCUAUAUGUGAUAAGGUUGUUUUUUUUGUUUUUUGUAAACUAGGCAUUUUCAAGAAAAGGGAAAUGGAACAACCGUGUUAAGUUGAAAUCAAUCUACAACACAAUUAUUAAUCCUGUAAGAAUGCACUCUGACUUAAAUCCGCCAUUCUGCUCAUUCAUAUUUUUUGAGACCGGGAUUAUGUUAUUACCUUUGGCCCCAUUCAUUCAGACCUGAAGCUUUAUGAUUAUUCAUAACGUGAAUCCCAGUUAAGAGCAUAAGGAUGGUUUCAGUGCUAAUCAGUCAUCAGCUGCCCCACAAACGGUAGAUUUUCAGCAUGUGCCGUCAUGUCUGCAAGUUUGGCUCCCAGCAAGACACAUGGGAUCUGCCUCUGUAAUGACCAAUCCCCCCACUCCUCACUUCAGGACUGUCUGAGGUAUAGUGCUGCCUGCUAUUACUCCUUCUUCUCCAUCAACCCGCUCUGUUUCUUUUAUUCUUUUCACCCUUCUCCUGCCAACAUUUAUUUGCACUGUCCCUCCCUUGUCAUUGUUUAUCAGCCGUUUGCUUUUAACACACUCACAUCUCUUCUACUACUUCCCCGCCUCUCUCAAAACCACAGCCUACGGCAGUAUCCUUCCUUAUUUAUUAAACUUUCCACACCCUCCUCUAUAUCCUGUGCAGGUAUACUGUGUAUACAACUCUGAAGCUGGGACAUGCCCCAGUGCUGGGAAGGACUCGGUCAACCUGAGCACUUUGGAUGCUGAGCCACACACCCGGAGCCCAUUCUGCAGUCUGUACAGGUUUGUAGGGUAAAAUGCUUUCCCCAUGGGUCGCCUUCUUGGAAUUGAGCAUUUUUAUUCUCCUUUCUUUUGCCUACAAACUUCCAGCUCAAGACAAUGGACAUUUGGCUUUGCAGAAAGAUGAAACCUUGCAAGACCCGGCCACGGGGGCAUAUGAGGGCAAAAUGGAAUUACAGUAUUCUAGAUUAUUCCGUAAGAAAAGGGAAAAUGCUAAUAAUUCUGUAGAUGCUGGGCUGGAGAAUAGCAGUGCACCAAUUUCAUGGACAUCUGAGCCUAUGAUCGUGACCAUCAAACCAACUUCAUUAUUAGAGGAAUCCACUGACGCUUCCAUGCUGGUGACCCACUCAGAAUCAAGCCUAGAUUUAAGUGAAACUAAUAGCAUUUCACCUGAACAAGAAACAACUCAGACAACACUCAUCCACAAGUCUACAGGUUCUCCAGAUAGUAUUUCAUUCCUAAAUUCUACAGAGUCUCCAGAAGUAAAUUUUAGCACCACUGAAGACAUUGAGGAAACCACUAACUCUGAUCACAUCCACACAGAAACCAUUCAUUCCACUACCCAGUCAAAGAACGACACAGGCCAUGCGAAUGAAGAUAAUACAUUAAGUCCACCUUUGCAGUUUUCAAAAAAAUCACAAUUUGAAUCCAUAGUGACAUCAACUCCUCAUCCUAGAGACUCCGAGGAUACCACCAAACCUAAAACAGAUGAUUCCAUUUCAUCUUCCAAACCUAUGGUUGUGACAUUCAUAACAACUUCCGCAGAGCACUCACCUCCUGUACAUUCCCUCAUGAGGCAAUGCAUGUUGGCUAUCUUGAUUCUGGCUGUUAUAUGCACAAUUUUUAUUAUAUCUACUAUUGCGCUUGCUGCUAAACUUUCCAGAGUUAAAAGCCGCUACAAGAUGCGCCAGUCAAACUUUACAGAGAUGACCUGUAUCACUUCUCUGCUACCAGAAAGUGACCAACAAAGUAAAGUGAAGCCAAAAAAGUUGAAGACAUUUGCUACCAAUGUAGAGGAGAGUGAUGGAGAUAAUACAACGCUCAACAGCUUCCUGCCUGACCACUAGGACAAUAUUCUUUGGACUUUACUAAGGUCUGAAUUAAGUCUGAAGCAAGUCAUCAAGUCUUAAAUAUGAAUUCUCCUUGCUCUUUUGUCUUACAGAAUGUCUAAGCAUGACCUUUUCUUAUUCUUCCUUUCUUGUCAAAUGUCAAAACAUGAGCUUUGAAAGAUAGUGGAAUACCCAGGCUGGUCAUUAUUGGAUAGACAGAUGAACAGUCAGUAUGAACUAAACUGCCAACUGUGUUGAGAGAUGACAGGUGGAAUAGUUGAGGUUGCAUUCCAUUUUUUUUGUGCGGGUGUGUAUCCAUACAUGUAUGCACACAGGUUAGGGCCUGUGUUCAAAAGCUGGCAGUUAAGAUACUGUCUUUUUUCUAUUGUAAAAACGAAAGCUAUGUAAUAGGUUUACCCAUGCUUGAACAACAAAGUAUAAGAUAUAGAGACUCAAUUGUGACCACAGCUACAGUUGCACACAUAUUGAUGAAGUUAUUGUAGGAUUUGACACCAUUCAUUAAAGGUACUUUGGUCCAAAGCCGCUCAUUGCACUUCUGUGUUUUGCUCAGUGCCGCUGCACCCAUUGUGCUCUAUCUGUCCUGCCUCAUGUUGCAAAUAAUGCACAGGUGCACCAACUGAUGCUGAGGAAUGGUGGCAGUAGCUCCAGGGUUACCAUAGUGGCCAGCAGCAUUAUAAGUGCAGUUGACACAUCAGAAACAAUUGUGUCAAGUACAUCUCCCACUCUUGAAUGCAGUUACACUGGAAUUAUAGGAAAUGCUGCAUGUUGGGCAAAAAACAUGGCAAUGUUUGUCUGAAACUCAACUUUGCUACAGUGUUUCCACAGUGCUCAGCAUUCCUUAGUCCAUCUCAGAGCGGACACCAUUUUAUUCUGAUUUUCAUCUAAUGCAUCCAGUGUGAGCGCAGCUGUUCUAUUUUUGAUACAAUUGUAUCACACUGCUAAUAUGCUGGAAUUUUGGGAAAAAACACUGUAUUGUGGAUAAAAAAACAUAACAAUUGUGUCUAAGUUUACUUAUACAGAGUACAAGCCAGGCAAGAUUUAAAUUUAAAUUUAUAUAUAUAUAUAUAUAUAUAUAUAUAUAUAUAUAUAUAUAUAUAUAUAUAUAUAUAUAUAUAUAUAUAUAUAUAUAUUUUAAAACAUUUUCUAAAGUACAUUCAGGUCUGAAAAUGAACGUUACAUUCAGCCUUUAAGAUCUAUAAUGAUUGUUCAUGGGUACAUUUAUACUACAUUUAGCAGAUUAUUUGAAAAUUCAGGGACACUUCUAAUAAAUGCAAACUGCAGGGCUGCACUUCUUGCAUUAGGUUGGACUGUGACCCUGAAUUGUUCACCUAGAUUUAUACAAAUGAGGAAACUGUGUUCUACAAUGCAGCAAUUCUGGUACAUUUAUCAAGGAGGUGAAAGGAAAAACAGCAUAAGAUUUCAUUGUAUCAAAUUUCAAUUAGUUAUUUAGAGCUGACUAAAUCAGAAAUAAGUCAGGGAGAGAAACGGAAGCGAGUGAGAAGGGCUGAUGAGAGCCAGGCCACAGGGCAGAGAUGUUUUGAUACUUGAGUUUGCACUAUAAGGAAAUGUUUGCAGUUUCAGAUUGCUCCACCCAUAUGAUUAUUCUUUUGACUGAUAACUGAUGUAUACACUUUUAUAUCUGGAGCAUACACUUGAAAAUAAUGUUUGUUUUUUUAAAUAUUUGUUUUAAAUAUUCUGUUAGUUUCUACUUCUGUCUCAAUAAAAAUGAUUAGACAUGA